AUGGCGAAAGCAGCCACAUCGUCCAGUGAAAUAACAGGUGAAAAGAUGGCACCACCUUCAAUCACUCUACUUCCUGACAAGAGAUCUCCAACAAACGGUCACAACUCUCCAGCCCGAACUGGGAAAACUACUCCAUCAAACACAGAGAAGAAGCCACAAAUAAAUGGGAAUGCGUCGCCUUCACACAUCAAUAACAACCAUGCAGGUAAACAAAUUGUGGAGGGUUAUAUGAAGACAGACGACAGGAUGCGAUUAGCCAAAGAGAGACGUGAGGAGAGGGAGAGAAGCCUGGUGGGCAGGGAGCAGCUGAUCAGGGAGAAGGAGCGCAGAGCUCGGCUCCAGUACGAACGCACAGUGGAGGAACGCUGGAGGCGGCUGGACGAGCAGAGGCAGAAAGAGGAGCACCGCAGAGCUGCAGUGGAGGAGAAGAGGAGGCAGCAGCUCGAGGAUGACAGGGAGCGACUGGAGGCCCUGAUGAAGCGCUCGCUGGAGCGCAGCCUUCAGCUGGAGCAGAGGACCAAACGCUGGAGCAGAGGCUGCCCUUCAGGAGCAGCGCCCUGCAGCCCUCACAGGUCACCUUUCCGCGGCUCCCUGAACCCUGCAGAUCACAACAGAGUUGGACUUCAGGGAGGCUCUCAGUCCACUCCCAAUACCCCCAAGAAGGAGCGGCUGCGCAGAGAGAGAAGAACUGCAUCUCCAGGUUGUGGAUCCCCUUUGAGAAGAUCCGAAUCCCCUGCUAGUGUCCCCAGGCACUUGGCUUCCCCUGCAACCUCAAAGAAACCAGAUGACAAGACGCCGGACAGACACAGUGAACAAUCCAAAGCAGUGAGAAAGAAUACCGACAUCAACAGCACAAAUCCAUCUUCACAAGAGAUGAAAAGUGUGGUCAACGGUGAAAUCACUAAAUCCAGACCAUCUCAAGGAGAAACCUUGGAGAAGCAUCUCAGAGGUGACACAUCUGAGAAAAAGCAGUCACCUGACAGAAAGGAGCACAUGUCUCCCAAUGUGGACUUCUCAGAGAAGAAGAUGCUGAGCAAUGCUCAGGAUGGAGACAAGAAAAAAGAAUCAGCACCAUGUGCGUCCGCGGGGAAAGUGGCAGCUGGCACGACAAACGCAGAGGAGGCUACCAGGUUGCUGGCAGAGCGUAGGCGUCAGGCUCGAGCUCAGAAAGAACUGGAAGAGAAAAAGCGGGAGCAAGAGGAAGAGGAUCAAUACAGGGAAGAGCAGCUGAAGAAGCAACUCGCACAGGAGCGGCGACAGCAAGAGGCAAAGACUCAACAACUGAAGGAAAAGGGGAAGCACCAGGAAGAUCUGAACAGGCUGAAACAAGAGGAGGACAAGCGAAAGAAGGAGGAGCAGGAGAAGCUGCUGCAGAGCCAGAUGGACAAAGAGAAAGAAAAAGCCCAAGUCCAAGCUCAGGAGGACGCAGAUCGUCAGCGGCAAGACAGAGAACUGCAGGCGCAACAAGAAGAGGAGGAGAGGCAACUAAGAAAAAAGAGAAUUGAGGAGAUCAUGAAGAGAACGAGGAAGGGUGAAGCUGACUUGAAGAAGGAGGAGCAGGUGGAGACGAAGCCUGUCUCACCAGCAGGUGAAGUAAAGACUGCUCAAACUAAUGCUGAGGUGAAUGAGCAAACAAUCAAAAAGGUUGAGUUUCAGGUUAAAGAGCAGGUCAACAUGAAGGAAAGGGCCCUGGUGAACAGAGAAGCAGCAGCGCAGAUGGACAAUCAAAAGAGUUUGCAAGUUAAAAACAACAAUCAUCAAGUGACACCAACACACAGUGUUCCUGAGAAGAGACCGGACACCAAACACACCAGCGAAGAGCACUGCAGACAACUUAACAGAGAGGCCGACGCCUGUGUUCUCAAGCAGCAGGAAAGAGUGGUGGAAAUGAAUGUAAACAGGCAGCACAGAGCACACGUUAAAGCCGCAGAACAAACAAAUAAAAAGCCGACAGCAGAUGCUAAAGUCGAGGGUGGUAUGAUGAAUGGAGCGGUGAAGGGUGAAGGAAGUGCCUUGAAGAGAAGCCAUCUAACCGCUGAGGUAAGCAAACAGCAAAGCCUGCAUGUGUCGUCAGCUGCUCAAGGAGAGUCCAGGAUGGCGGUCAUUAGACCAUCUGUGGCGCCCCUGUCACUGGGACACCUAUCGCCGCCAAUCAUCAAGCUGAAGCCACUAGAUGUGAAGAGUAUGGGGUCUUGUGAUGAGGUGCAGUCCAUGGAGGUCAGUCCGGUUUCAAAGGAGGAACUGAUUUCAAUCCCAGAGUUCUCGCCAGUCAACGAAAUCCAGCACAGCAGCGUGAGCAACACCCGUGCCCUCGAAGACCUGAUCGACCUGACCGGCAGCAUCGCCUACCCCAAAAUGUCCUCUGAAGGCAACGUUGGCAACUGCAACAAGAACCUCUUAGGGGGUGUUGUUAGUCCCAUGGUGGACUCAAAGCUCAUUGGGAUGUUGUCUCCGUCCUCAAAUAAACUUAGCAUCCAGUAG